UGGUGAUCCGCAAAGGGCUUGAAGGCCACGUGCAUCUGAAUAGGCAGUGACCUAACAUUUCGCGGAAACAUAUCGAGAAACACCAUCUUCGCCCAAGAUGCAUACUUACAGAACCUGCAGUUUAGCACGAGUAUCUUCGUUAAAAUCCCGUGUCCCCUGUCUCCAUGAUCUCAUGACUACCGGCUCGGUGAACAUCCUGAGCGUUCGACACGCCAGGAGAUUCAUAAACCGCACUCCCAUAAAAAUAUUCCCUCCCGAAAAGAUGGACCCUAACCGUCCAUUCUUUGAAGUUGAGCGGUCUUCAAAUCCAUUCACUCUCGCCGAUCAAGCUUCCAAAGAAGUUCAGCAUAAGUUUGCAAUUGAAAGACGCACAUUGGACUCCUCUAAGCCUGGCCGAACUAGCAAUGACGAUUUAUUUCCUGUCAAGAACAAGCUGACUGAGAAGGAUCCAUAUUUUAGUGAACUGACAUCUCUAGUCAAUUCACGGAAGCAGCGGGAACAAAAGAAGAAGGUGGUCCUGGAGGGAGUACGGUUGAUCCGAGAUGCUCUGGAAACCGGCCUGGAGUCAGAAAGCAUCAUCUUCACACGGGAGAAGGAGCUGAAACAACUUCCCAUGGAGAAACUCACUUCCUCACAAAUAUAUCAAUCCACCCAUAAAGACAUGAAAUUUUGGUCUUCCUUAGUCACACCUCCUGGGAUACUUGGUGUGUUCUCAAUAAAAAAUGUGGAGAAAUUGGCAUUGAGAAUGCGGUCAGAAGCCUCUGUCUCCCUCAUUCCCAUCCUGGAUAACAUUAGAGACCCAGGGAAUUUGGGGACACUAUUGCGGACAUCUGCUGCUGUGGGAUGCCAGAAGGUCAUCCUCACUAAGGGUUGUGUGGAUUUAUGGGAGCCAAAGGUGUUGCGAGGGAGCAUGGGAGCCCAUUUUCGAGUCCCAAUCAUCACCAAUGUGGAGUGGCCCCUUGUUCACAAUCACCUCCCCCAGGACUGCACAGUGUUUCUUGCUGACAGCAGUUCAUCGUACCUCCCUUUCUCUUCGGAAACAGAUAGCAUAUCUAAGAAUGACCCAAUAAGGACUGUCUCUGUUUCCUAUAAGAAAAGAUCAAGAGAACUUGAAGAAGGUCCUCAUGUUCCCCUCUCUAAUAUUCCGGUCGUGAGUUAUGAGGAGAUUCGGUGCGAGCCUAACGAGAGCAUCGCCUUGAUCAUUGGAGGUGAAACAGGUCUCAGUCCACAGGCAGCUGCCUUAUGUGAAUCCACCACUGGCUUCCGUCUCUUCAUUCCAAUGUCCAAUGGGAUUGAGAGCCUCAAUGCUGGUGUGUCGUUCGCUGUCCUCGCCUACCAUCUUGCCCAAAUGUUGAAGAACCGCAUUGAGAGGAUACAUUCAGAGUGUGAGAAGUAAAAGUGAUAUAAGUGUGAGAGUUUGUAUGUGCAAUGUGCCU